CCAGUUCCUUUUCCAUUCAUUGGCAACCUCGUCGCUCUCUCAUUCUACGAACCUGGCUAUGAAGCAUUUCGAAUCUGGAAGGAAAAAUAUGGCCGGUGCUUCACGUUUUGGAUGGCUGAUCGACCUGCUGUAGUGAUAGCCGACUAUGAGCUGAUGAAGCAAGCGUUGGUCAAAGAAGGUGCUGCCUACGCUGGACGUCAGGACAUACCACUUUCCAGAAUCGUACGAGCAAACAAGAGAGUUAAUUCUCCACGCGCUGGCACCGAAAUUACGGUGUCAUCGGAACAACUGGUGAGCUGUGGCAGCAGCACCGUCGGUUUGCAUUGCAUGUGUUCAGGGAUUUUGGAAUGGGGAAGGAUGUCAUGCAGGAGAGGUAUGCUAAUGGAAUGUCUACUUCAGGUCCUCGACGAAGUGAAGGAUUUCCUGAGAAAGUGCCAGCAAAACCUGGGUCAACCUUUGGAUCUCAGGGAUCACAUCGAUAGUGCUGUCGGCUCGAUCAUCAACAGUCUACUUUUCGGAUUCAGAUUUGACGAAACCAAUAUGGAGCAGUUCUAUCAACAAAAAAGUGUUCUCGUACGGGCCAUGGAAAUGAGUGCUCGUCCGUCAUUCAUAUUGUUAAUGAUGUUCCCGAGUCUGGAAGUGCUUCCGUUCUUCAAGGCAUACAGAAAAGAAGUUACGGAGAACAACCGUGUUAUGUUCGAUAUGCUCGACACGCAAAUCGAAAUCCAUAAGAAAGAAAUUGAUUUUGAUAGUGUGGAAAGCACCGACUACGUUGAAGCUUAUCUCAAAGAGCAGAAGCGACUGGAAAAUGAGCCCGAUAAUGGAGGAUUCACGGAACGUAAACCUGAUGAGAUUUUAGGUCCGAUUCCUUUUCCAUUCAUUGGCAACCUCGUCGCUCUCUCAUUCUACGAACCUGGCUAUGAAGCAUUUCGAAUCUGGAAGGAAAAAUAUGGCCGGUGCUUCACGUUUUGGAUGGCUGAUCGACCUGCUGUAGUGAUAGCCGACUAUGAGCUGAUGAAGCAAGCGCUUGGUGGAAAUUACGGUGUUAUCGGAACAACUGGUGAGCUGUGGCAGCAGCACCGUCGGUUUGCAUUGCAUGUGUUCAGGGAUUUUGGAAUGGGCAAGGAUGUCAUGCAGGAGAGGGUAAGGCUCAGCCAUGCUAUAAAAUAA